AGACAGAGAGAGCAGACUGGAUUCAUAGCACUGGGUCCUGUCUGUAGCUUUGGAAUCCUGUUCUGUGGAUAAACAUGCAACGUGAAGGGUGUAGGAUGAGCGGCGGGUUGCCGGAGCCGGCUGCAGCCGGGAUGAUCACGUUGGACGACCUGGACAACAUGGCGGAUGAUUUGGGCUCUGACUCUGCGUACAACAGUAACGGGAGCACCGAGGAGAAGUUGGAACCCAUGGAAGAUGCCGAACAAGAUCGGCUGCUGAACUACUGGCAGACUGUAGGGCGAGGACAUGAAGUGGAGGUGCCGAAUGAGAUGGCAGAACCCAUUCAACAGUUAACAAGGAACAGCCGAAGUGAGGAGCGACAGAGAGUGCCCUACCUGCUCCUCAGCUGCAAAGAAAAGUGUGGGGAAGUGCUGUACGAGAAACGACAAUACGGAAAAGCCAAAUGGGCCUGUAUCAAGGUGCACGAGGAGCGCUAUGAGCAGAGUAUAUGCGUGGGGUUUAUGAAGAUUAUGAGAUACAUUUGUGAGCAGAACUCGUCAGGCUCAUUCCUGGGUAUGACCAUCCCAAUCCUGACAACCGUGCACACAGAUGAAGCGCGAACUGGACUCCUGCGCAGUGUGACUCUGGCGUAUUAUAUCCCCACACACCUUCAAGAUGACCCGCCGCAACCAGCAGAUCAGGACGUAGUGAUUGAGGAAUGGCCUCCCACCAUGGUCUUCACCAGAGCUUUUACCGGAGCAACCAAUGAGGAGUCAAUAAUGCAUGAAAUUUCCUUGCUGGCCGAGCUGCUCGAGUCUCCAGAUCUCUGUGUACAGGACACAUUUAUUGUUGCGGGAUAUACAAACCCAGCGGCAGCCAACAGACAGAACGAGAUUUGGUUCUUACAGAGGUCAUGAGCCAGCAGAGGUGGAGGAUGUUCAGUAGCAACUAAUGCUGCCCCCGGUGGAUAUGGACACAAUUACACAAUAAAACAUGGCAUCUGUUCCCAGGGAUAUGGUUCAUUAGAUAGAUUGUAAAAAGGUCGACACCAAAAGUUCGACACAACCAAAAAAAUCAACAUGAGAAUGGUCAACACUUUUUUUUUUUCCUCCAGUUUUUGGGGUGUCAAUUUGGACCCUCAAUUAGUGCACCGCUUAGCUCGCCAUACUUCAGACACCAAUUGUAGUCCACGAGGAUGGUUAAGUAAAAAAGAAAAAAUAAUUGGAAAAUACUCAUGUCGACAAUAUGCUGUGUCGACCACUGGCAUUUCGUCUUUUUGACCAUGUCAACCUAAUGCAUGUCGGGCAAUAAUGGUCGACCUACUGACUGUUGACCUUUUUACUGUCGGCCUAAAGACCGGAUACCGGUUCCCAAGUGGACUAGCACUGAAUGUAUUUGUCUCUGUUGUAUACUCAUGGCAAACGCAGGAUUUCUGGAGGGUGAUUUCCAAAUGCCCAUGAAAGAUGCAUAAUUAGCAUGUAACAAGCUAUAGGGGUGUAACCGAUUACCCGCAGUCAUUUACCGCGGAUAACUGCAUCGCUUCGGGGAGGUUAGUUGGAUACUCCCCAUAGUCUGCCCCAAACAAAGUGCAGUUUGUGUAACACCGUAACUUAUGCAGGCCUAAUGAUCACGGUAAGCCACUUACCGGAUUCUCUCUGGUGUAAUGAUUGAGCACUCAGAUCCCCAGAGACACACAGCAGACUCCAUUACGCCUUUUAUACUGAAUGAUGUGGCCGCAAGCCAGGCUGUGAGGAAAGGGGGGCUUCCGGGCAACUUGAACCCCCCCCCCCUCCAUCCCAGCGUUUUGCCUAUUAUACCGACAUAAAGGGUGAUUUCCCAACACAGCACACUACUCUACAGCUAACCAAUCAGCAGUCUGCUUCAGUAAGUCUGCAAACUGGUAAAAUGUAAGAAAAUAUUAGGCCCUGUAUGGAAAAGUACGUAUUUGCACAUAAACAUUAUUUUUAUUUAAUUUGAUCCAAAGUAUGUUGUAUACAAGUCAACACUAGGGGGUAGAUUUACUAAAAUGUCUAAAAAGGAAAAAUUUGGAUUUAUUGCCCAUAGCAACAAGAUUCUAGUUUUUCCCUAGAAUAUACUAGAUAAAGGAUAGCUAGAACGAUGUAGGCAACACCUGCACUUUUUCCUUCUUAGUGAAUCUAGCCUCUAGUUGUUGUUCCACCCCCCCCCCCCCCCUCCCCCAUUUUAACACAUUCAGUAAUUCAAAAGGAGGCAUGAAACUCUUAUGGUUGUAAGGUAACGAGAAUGUGCGGGCAGCCAUAUUGUGGUGUCAGAUCAUUACUCAUGACAAUGCAGUCUGUCGAUUAACCAAUGAAAUGUGAAAUUACAGCAGUUGUGUGCUAAGGUAAUAGGCAAGCUUUAGAAGUCCAAGCAGACUUGGAAAGCAAGAAGCAUCUCUGCUAUCACCCAAGAUUAUAUGUGAAGGAUUACAUUUGACCUUUACAUCCCAUAUGCACUAAUGUAGGGGUGGGGGAAGGGAUUAACCUCAUCAAGGUAACAUGAGCUUUAAAAUUAAUACCUCGAAAAUAAAAACACUAAGUGGA